GAUAAUUUCGUCUAGUAAAAUCAUUUGAGUCUGGUGCCACGGAAUAACCUUUUGCGAUCGAAAACUGAAAGGAAGUCCAAUUUGGGUGGAUACCGUCGCACCCUAUCUGUGUUUUGGAAGCCGCCAUUAACAAGUUGCAUUGUAUUGAGGCGAUCUGUGCUGCAGCUCCUUCUCGAAAUGGAAUUGGCUUCUACAGUAGAUCGAACUGUCUGUUUAACAAAUUAUGUUCGCUGAACCUCUUUGAAAAGCAAAAACAAAAAAAAACCUUAAGGACUUUUCCCCCUGUAUCGCAACUUUUACCCAUUUAAAAGAAGCAGAACAGUAAACAAGAAAUAGAAAGCAUCAACAUAUCAUUGCACAUUUGUACUUUAUCAUUAUCGCUCGUUUCUUCAGAAGGAUUGUAGAUCCUACGUUUCCUCUUUUUGUUUUGUUUUAAUAAGCCGAAUGCAAGAAAUGAACUCGUGAGCUAAGAAGAAAGUGAGCGAAGAGGUCAUAUUGUGACACUUGUGCAUCGGAUCCGCUAACUUGACAACAACGCUAUCAACAGACGACAAGUUGGUAUCGAAUACAUUUGACUAGACGACGUGUCCAAGGAUGGGGAAGCAGAACAGCAAACUGCGUCCAGAGGUGCUGAACGAUCUGAGAGAGAACACCGAAUUCACAGACCACGAGCUGCAGGAGUGGUACAAAGGCUUCCUCAAAGACUGCCCUACUGGACACCUAACUGUCGACGAGUUCAAGAAAAUCUACGCAAACUUCUUUCCUUACGGAGACGCCUCCAAGUUCGCUGAGCACGUAUUCCGCACGUUUGACACGAACGGGGAUGGGACUAUAGACUUCCGGGAGUUCAUUAUCGCACUCAGCGUCACGUCGCGGGGCAAACUGGAACAGAAGCUGAAGUGGGCAUUCAGCAUGUACGACCUGGAUGGCAAUGGAUACAUCAGCCGGGCGGAAAUGCUCGAGAUAGUGCAGGCCAUUUACAAGAUGGUGUCAUCGGUAAUGAAGAUGCCUGAAGAUGAAUCUACCCCAGAGAAGCGCACAGACAAGAUAUUCCGACAAAUGGAUACAAACAACGAUGGUAAACUUUCGCUUGAGGAGUUUAUUAAAGGAGCCAAGAGUGACCCCUCUAUUGUGCGAUUGUUACAGUGUGACCCCAGCAGUGCAAGUCAAUUCUGAAUGGACAGCUUCAGCAUCACCCAGAACUUCUCGAAUGAACCUCCGGCUUGUCGUUGAAGCUUUGCUCGCAAACGGAUGCCUUUUUGAUCAUUCCUAGGUCAUUGGUGGACCAUUUCCCAUCUCCAGGUUCUGCUGUUUUUGUUUUGAUUUUAUCAUGUUUGUUUUGGAGGCAGCAUGCUGCUUGAUUUCCGCAAGAAUUUUAAGAAUACUUUUUUAAAUUAAAUUUGCACGUAUAUUGACAUUGUUCCAUGUACACUUCGACCUUGACUGUUUUUUUUUACAUUCAGUUACUAAUGGCUUACAUCUCAUAUACAUGGCUAACGUGAGCUGAUGUAUUUGCAGCUUUGCUUAGUCCAUUGCCAGUUGCUCUUUAACAAAACAAAAGAUGAUCACAGAACAGGAUUUCAGGACUUGUUGAAUCACAGCUGAAUGUAGUAGACGUUUCAGAUGAAUUGAGUUGGUUUGAUGUUACUUUCUGCAGUGGACCUGCUUGCUGUAGCACUCCUUAAUGUAAAUGUCAUCAUUUCUGUGCAUAUGUAGUGAAGUAAACUUAAUAGCUAUGGUCACCAUUCGUAUUGAAUGCAGUUGUUCUUGUAAAAGAGUCAGUUGACAAAAUGUGUAUUCCAUUUUCACAACUAAUACCAAGUGCAGUUUGAUAAUUUAUAUUCCUUUUGUGAUGUUUAAUCACUAGCAAAUAUGCAUGGCUGCCAGUGAUAGCUUUCUGUAUGUCUUUUUUACUCAUUUUAAGUAUUGAAUGUAAAUCAUGAUGAAAGGAAAUUUGAAAAUUAAAUCCAUUUUUAUUAUUAUUGUCAUUAUAAUUUUUAUUGAUCUAGGACCAUUCUGGUUUCUUGUAUAAGCUGUUAGUCAGAUGAGACCUUUUAAGUUAAGCAGAGUGCAAGUAAUUACUGGACGAUCGACAGAACUUGUCAUAUCCUUUUACGGGGGCUUACAUUUUAGUGCUUAUAUGUUUCUAAUAAUCCUUGUGCAUUCCAGUGUUACUUGAUAUUAUUUUCAUCCAUUUACUGCCAAGAAUUGUAAUUAAAAUAAAGUCUACCCAUUUCUUGUCAGGACAGUCUCUCUACUUUCCUGUCCAGCCUCGCUGAAUUACAGAUAUUCCUAAUGCAAACGCCUUAAUGGGAAAGCCUUUGGAAAAAGCUUGCACAUGCUCCAGCUGCUGUUCAGCACCAUUCGUGUAUCCCGGCUUUUGGGCUGAUUGCCCAUCUUAUCUGCAAGGAACAGCACGCGGAUCUGAGUCUUCUAAGGGAAAUCAAAAGCACGAUCAUCUCGAAUCUGUCUCUUGUGAAGUCCCAGGGGCUGAAGAAAGAACGGCCACUGCAGGAAGGAUAAGGUGUGUCUUGGUUUGGGGAUAUUUCUGUAUCAGGGACGCCAGUUAGUUGUUUUAGUUAUACAGCUUGCUAGGCAUCAGGGGAAGACUUCAAACUGGAUUUUCAAAAUGUAAAUCCGUACCACUUUUCCAUUUAGUGUUCAGUUCUUUGUGCUGCAAACACUGAAUAUCCUCCCGAAAUUCCUUAUUGCUGCAUCUGAUGCCUUGUUCUAAAACCGAAGGGGUCCUUCCAUUGAACAUAUUACAUCCUGAAAUGUGGAGCUGCAGCAGCUGUGGCUUUGUGCAAGCUGGUUUACUUUGUGGAGGUGGCUUACCAGAGCAUUUUUGGUAAAGGCUGUGUUAAACCAUUCAGAAUUGACUGUGUUUCUGCUAUCAAUACAUCAAUCUGUACAAUUUAUAUACUGUCGACAAAUAAAACGUGAAUCAUGGAU